CUCUCCUCAUAGCUUGUCGUUACAAACCAACCAUGAAAUCCGUGGCAAAGAAGCUUUCCAACCAGUUUGUUCCUUUCCAUUUCCUGUUUGUCUUUCUUAUGACCCUUAUGUUGGUCUCUUCUUAUAAUUCUAUUGCUUAUGCUUCUUCUGCAACUAGAAAAGUUGGAGAAGAAGGGACCGAAGCAAUAGCUCUCUUGACAUGGAAAGCUAGCCUUGACAACCAGAGCCAAUCAAUCUUAUUGUCGUGGGUUGGAAGCGAUCAUUGCAGUUGGGUUGCAAUUGGUUGCAACAAGGCCAGCCGGGUCAGCCAUAUAGACCUUAAGAGUUAUGGUUUGAGAGGUAAGCUUUCCAAUCUUAACUUCUCUUCCUUUCCUCAUCUCCUCACCCUUGACCUUUCUAAUAACUCACUCUAUGGGACUAUCACCCCACAAAUUGGUAGCCUUUGGAGACUCACCUAUCUUAACUUGUCCAUCAAUCAUCUUUCAGGAACAAUUCCAUCAGAGAUAGGUAUGCUCAGUUCUCUCAGCGUACUCUCUUUGAUAUCUAACAAUCUCACAGGUUCAAUACCUCCAUCGAUAGGAAAUUUGGGUAACUUAACCAGAUUAAGCAUUUUCGACAACCAAUUUUCUGGACCCAUCCCUCAACAAGUUGGCAUGCUUAGGUCUCUCUUUGUUCUUUCAUUGUCAUGGAACAACCUUACUGGCUCAAUUCCAAUGUCUAUAGGGAACUUGGGCAACCUCCAAAUUUUGUACCUUCAUCACAACAGACUUUCUGGAUCCAUUCCUCAAGAAGUUGGAAAUCUUAGCUCUCUCGUUGAUCUGCAACUGUCAAAUAACAAUCUUACUGGAAAAAUCCCUACUUCAAUAGGGAACUUGUCCAACUUAACCUUUUUAUACCUUUAUAGAAACCAACUUUCAGGCUCGAUCCCUCAAGAAAUUGGAUUGUUAAAAUCUCUUGGUGAUCUCUCUUUGUGGUCUAACAAACUUGGGGGUUCAAUUCCUGCUUCUAUAGGAAACUUGGACAACUUAAACUUUCUAGGCCUUCAAAAAAACCAACUUUCUGGAUCAAUCCCUCCUGAAAUUGGAGCAUUAAGCUCUCUAACUGAACUUGAUUUGUCAUCCAACAAUCUCACAGGUUCAAUUCCUGCUUCUAUAGGGAGCUUGAGUAACCUGACCAGUCUUUACCUUUUUUUCAACAAACUCUCAGGAAGCAUCCCUUCCACGAUCGGGAACUUGAAGAACCUCACAGUGUUGUCUCUUUCUGGAAAUGAAAUAUCUGGCUCCAUCCCUCCUGAGUUAGGAAAGCUAAAGUCCCUUACUGAUUUGAGAAUGUUAGAGAACAAACUCACCGACGUCAUUCCUCCAGAAUUGAACAACCUUACACAUUUGCAGAUCUUUGAUAUAACCAGUAACAAACUCACAGGUCAUCUACCAGGGAAUAUAUGCCUUGGUGGAUCACUUGUAGAAUUCAGAGCAUCAAACAACAACUUAAUAGGUCAUAUCCCAAAAAGCUUGAGAAAUUGUAGUUACUUACGCCAACUUAGGCUUCGACUAAACCAACUGACAGGGAAUAUAUCAGAAGAUUUCAGGUUACUCCCAAACUUGUUUUAUGUAGAUCUAAGUUUUAACAAUUUCUAUGGUGAGCUUUCUAAAAAAUGGGGGUCCCAUAAUUUGACUGGCCUAAAGAUGUCCAAUAAUAAAAUCUCUGGAAAGAUACCGUCUGAGCUUGAAGGGGCAACUCUGUUACAGCUACUUGACCUCUCUUCAAAUCAUCUAAUUGGAGAGAUCCCGAAAAAUUUGGGAAAGUUAGGCAUGUUGUUUUUCAUUACUCUAAGCGAUAACAAACUUUCAGGCAACAUUCCAGCAGAAAUUGGUAACCUAUCUAAUUUGGAACAACUUAACUUGGCUAAGAACAAUCUUAGCGGCUCAAUUCCAGGCCAACUAGGAGAGUGUGUGAAGCUAUGGAACUUGAAUUUGAGUGAAAAUCUACUUCAAGAUGGUAUUCCUUAUGAAAUAGGGAAAUUACACUUUCUUCAAAAUCUUGAUCUUGGAAAGAAUUUGUUAACAGGCGAGAUACCACGACAAAUUGGGGAAUUACAAAGCUUAGAGACAUUAAAUUUAUCUCAUAACAGGUUGUCCGGUUUAAUUCCAUCCUCUUUUAAUGGGAUGUCAAGUUUGGUGUCUGUUGAUAUAUCUUACAAUCACUUGGAAGGUCCUUUGCCCAACACCAAAGCCUUUCGAGAUGCUCCAUAUGAAGCAUAUAGAGAUAAUCGUGGUUUGUGUGGCAAUAAGACUGGUUUGAUGCCAUGCUCGCCCAAAAACAGCAAUAAGCCUAAAGGGAAAAAGUAUAAAAAAGUUCUGCUUUUGGUCAUGGUACCCUUUUUAGGCAUUUUAUUGCUUAUGGUUGUCGGAAUUUUUCUGGUUCUGUGCAAAAAGGUGGAGAACACAGAAAAGGAGCCUACAGCUAGAGGAGCAGAUAAUGAAAAUUUGUUUGCAAUAUGGAGCUACGAUGGAAAAAUGGUGUACGGAAACAUCAUUGAAGCGACAGAGGACUUCAAUUCUAAAUAUUGCGUUGGAUUAGGAGGAUAUGGCACUGUUUAUAAAGCAGAGCUGCCAAGUGGUCAGGUUGUUGCUGUGAAGAAACUUCACUCUUCACAUGAUGGUGAGUUGGCUAACCUAAGAAGUUUUACAAGUGAGAUUCGUGCAUUGACAGAGAUACGACAUCGUAAUAUCAUAAAGCUUUAUGGUUUUUGUUCACAUCCACGACACUCAUUUUUAGUGUAUGAGUUUUUGGAAGGGUGGAGCUUGGAAAAGAUAUUGAGCAAUGAUGAAGCGACAUUGGAUUUUGAGUGGACUAAGAGGGUGAAUGUUGUUAGAGGUAUAGCAGAUGCUUUGUCAUACAUGCACCAUGAUUGUUCGCCUCCAGUCAUUCAUCGCGACAUAUCAAGCAAGAAUGUUCUGCUAAAUUCAGAUUAUGUGGCUCACAUCUCUGAUUUUGGCACUGCUAGACUUUUAAAGCCUCACUCAUCCAAUUGGACUUCAUUUGCAGGAACCAUUGGUUAUGCAGCCCCAGAACUUGCUUACACAAUGGAAGUGAACGAGAAGUUGGAUGUUUAUAGCUUUGGAGUUUUAACGCUAGAAGUGUUCAUGGGGAAGCAUCCAAGCGAUCUCAUCUCUUCUCUUUCCUCAUCUUUGCGGUUGCCAUCGUCGUUGUCAUCAUCAUCAUCAUCACCGCCAACUGCUUAUGAUAUAUUGUUGAAAGACAUUUUGGAUACACGCCUCCCACCUCCUAGGAAUCAUAUGGAAGAAGAAGUGGUCCUUGCUGCAAAGCUAGCACUAGCAUGCUUGCACACCAGUUCACAAUGCCGACCAACAAUGCAACAAGUUUCUGUGGCACUAUCAAAAGAGAGGCCACCUCUGCAGAAUCCUUUCCACUUGAUUUCAUUAGGAAAACUCUUUGAUGUCAACUGUUAAACAUCCUGAUAGCAUUCUCAUCUUCCUUUUAUUGUUUUUACAUUUUUAUUCCCCCUCAUCUACUUUGAAGUUUUUUUUUUCACCGUCUCAGUUUAUCUACUUGUUCCAAAAGAGCAGAUGUGAAUAAGAUGAAGAGAAAGGGCUACUUCAUUAUGCAUCAAAUUUUCUAACUAUUAGCAUUUAAGAGCAUGGCCUUCAGGGUAGAG